AUGACCUGCUUUGACCACCGGAGCAAGGUUCGGCCAUCGCUAGCAGUCCCUCUUUCGGCCUCCGUAGCAAGAUCAAGGUCCACAUUGGAACAGUCACUCCCGGAAAUGCCGAUCCUCGCCGCCACGCCAGAAGAUCGGUCUUAUCCAGACCUCGGUGUUGAGAUUAUAAUCUCACCAAAUCUUGAACAACCAGCGAAUGCUGCCAAUGUCGGAGUCGAGCAAGAGACACCAAAAGACACUCGAUUAAGGCGGACGACCCCCUCGUGGGUCUCGGUGUCGAGCACAACAAUAAUCAACCACCACCAGAUCACAAACUAUGCGAUGCACCGAGGCGUCGAAAAUACCAUCAAAAAGAUCUUCAAGAUCUUUAGCAGUCCACAAGAAUCGCAGAUAAUCCCCAAUUAUGUGCCAAAGGUAACAGAAGAAUCGGAAAACAGCUACUGGCCCAAUCUAGAAGCCCCUCGACAACAACGCCUUCGAGCAAAUGAUCAAACCUGAGAGUCUAGGGUCCCGCGAUAGGUUAUGAGCCCUAUUGUCCCUUCUCUUGGCUAAAUAAAAGAUGAGUAUAAGAUG